GCCUCGGGGCUAUAGCAACACCCACCACAACCCUGCACAGCUGGUGUUACCGGAGAAAGACGCUGAUAUGCCCCGUCUUUAGAAAAGACAACGCCGUCAGAUCAUCGUCAGAUUGCACUGAUAAACAGACGUUCCUUUUAAUCGGGGUCGGUGCAAACCCACAGCUUUUCUCUUCUCCGAGAUGUCGCAAGCUAAAGGUGGUGGCGGGAAGCCGGCGGUGGCGGCGGCGGGCCCAAGUACCAACCCGGCCCGUGUAGCGUCCGGCCGGACUCCGAUAAACACCAACGCUAAACACCCUGAACAGUGGACUCUGCUGAACGACUGGAACAUGGAGAAACGAGAACAGUACGAGUACUGGUUUUUGGACGUUCAGACCCAGAUCACAAACAUGGCGGCCAAGUUGGACCAGUCCAUGUGGGAACACCCCCACCCCGAGUCCCCGUACUACGGCUUCCCCCCGCGAGACGAGCUGGAACUGCAGAACCAGUGGCUGCGUCACCUCAUGGAAGACAAGAUGGCGACCGUCCCGAACACCAUGGCCUAUGGGAUCGCUAGGAAGAUCAACUACUAAUGACCACAAUGCAAAAACUGGCGAACGAACAAGAACAGUUGCUUUAAAUUUCUACUUUGUUUUAAUGUGAUAAAGGGAGAAUAAAACGAAAUAUCUCUGACAUCAUUACCAAAAAGUCUUAAAAAUGCUAAGGAACAUUCAGAAUCAAAAAUUAAAGAAAUUAACCAUAUCGACAGUUACUCUAUUCAAACUCUAAUGCACACUCCGAAUAUCACUUGAAAUAUAUGUAUUUAUCUAGCCAGUAACGAUUUUGUGAAAGUACACUGUAGUCACCAAGGUGUCACGUGUUCGUGGAUGGGUUCUGUCAGUUUAGUGGUCAUUUUAUUUGGGCGUUUGUGGAAAGGGCUAGGCUGUGUACAUGCGCUGUCUAUCUAGUUCGGCUAUCACAUCAGGCAACUAUAAGCCAGCCCCCAUUUAUAUCCUUACGGACAGAAAUGUAGACAGUCCAGGUAGACAGCGUAGCCUUUUCCGUAAACCCUUAUCUUUGCUGUGCGAAUAAAAGUUGCCGUAUUGCUGCUAGAACCA